CAGGGUUAACAAAGCUCGCCGAUAUCCAGCUUCAUCUGCCUGCUUAUCCUGUCACUGUUUCCGUCGCUUCACAACAUCUCUGAUAUCGUGAAGCUCUGCGGAACUACCUGCCGCCUCGGUGAAGCUCGGGUUCAUCUCGUUUCGCGGUGGUGGAUCCAGAUUAGAUCACUAAAUCUAGCAUUGAAACAUCUCGGAUAACUGCGCGCGUCCGCUCUGUCAGAAGGGGAGAGUAGUCGAACACAGAAACCAGGAUCACAGCUCAUGAGCACAGAGAGAGAUUUCCAGAAGAUGAAAAAAAACGAGAGAGCCCAUUUUUUCAGCUCUAAAGAGCAGGGGCUUAUUUUGAAGUUGUAUGAAGAAGAAAAAGAGAUUUUGACUGCCAAAUCCAACACGACAAGUGCUUCCAAACUGAGGGAAGAAGCCUGGCAGAGAAUUGCUGAUAAAAUAAAUGCGGUAUCUGACAGUGGCUACAAAAGAACUUGGCAGCAAGUGAAAGUCAAACAUAAAAACAUAGUGCAAACAGCUAAAAGAAGAAGGGCAGGCAUGAUAAAAGAUGGCGGGGGCUCAGCAACCCCGUCGUUGACCUCUGCAGAGGAGGACGUGCUGCAACACAAAGACAACACGCUGAGGGUGGAGGUCAUCCCUGGAGGAGCCUGUAUCGAGCCCCUGACCGGAUCAGACAGCUCUUUUAUUAGCGUGUCGGGCCACCCUGUCCUCCUCCUGCCCGUAACCAAGACUGAACCGGAGAGCUUGAGCAGCGACGAAACUGACGUCAGUGACACUAAUUUCGAGGGGGAUGUGCACAGCAGUAUCUUCCAGGAGACAGCCCACUCAGGAUGUGCCGCAGAUGUUGGCAGGGGUGCAGAGAGGCAGAGAGACGACCUGAAGGCUCUUUACUGCAGCUACCUCAAAAAGGAGAUUGAGAACCGCGACCAAGAGAUGGCUUACAGAGCACUUAAAAUGAGGAAGAUGGAAAAAGAAAUAUUACUACUCGAUAAGCAGUUGAUGUGACCAUAUAGGUACAUGAUGUUUUUUUAUUUUUAUUUUACUGUAUGUUAAAAAAGUAUUUCAAUUAUUUAUGUUCAGACCAUUGUAAUAAAUUGUUUAAUUGACAUAAUGUGUUGUAUAACUUAUAUGUUUCUUACAAUUCUGCCAUUAGGAGGGUCCAGUUUGCAACAACAUGUGUCACUUUCUUAUUGCACCAUGCAACUCUGAACAUGCAACAGUGUACAACAGUCAUCUAGUGCAAUCCUCAGACUGUGUUAGUUGUCCAAAGGUCAAUUGUCUUUGCAGAGUUGCCCCAAAGCUUGAGGCUUGAGGCCCGGUGAGGUUCAGGGUGGAACGGUAAUGAAGUCGGGCUUUUAAGUGAAGCCCCUGUGGAGCUGCUGCUUGCCCCAGGAGGAUUCCUUCAUCACAUGAGUUAUACAAUACAGUUGUUAACUGUAAGACCACUGACACACUCUGAUUGUGUUGACUCUGUACUCCAACACACUGGAUUUGAAAUGACAGAAUGAAACAAUAAGUUUCACUUCAAUUUGAAAGCACGUAGAUACACAGUGUGUGAAACAAAUGACUAACUGAUCUCCAGCAGCAGCAGCACAGAUUCUGUUUAUUUCCGCUGUGUUCUUUGCAUUAGAGAUGACAAUGAGCUUUUACACUGGAAGGCCUUUUUGUUAUUGAAAUACAAGAGGAAAACCACACUGGUCAAUACUGAUUUUAAAAUGUGUUCAUUUGUUUCUUUUUCUACAGUCACAUAUUGUCACCUUGUUUCUUUUGUACCAUUGUCUUUCUCAUAUUCUGCUUUUUUUUGGCAUAACUUUUCUACACUUAAAAUCAAGUGUCUCUUACUUCUAAUUAUUCUUUCAUUUAAUAUAUUUAUGAACAUUUAAAAAAAAAAGUUUGUUGUUAAUUGGAUCUGAUUUCUUUUAUGUUGCAUUUUUCUAUUUAUUCAUUUAUUUAUUGUUUUUUGUAUGCACUGGCUUUAAUACAGCAUAGUUUGUGAAAUGUAAAAAUGAGAUGAUGAGUCUUGUGGU